AUGUCACUAUCGACGAUGCUGUCCCGUUCUCCGAAACUCCCCUAUGAUGACCAGUCUUCCUCGCCUCUGUUCCAGCUUCCGGCAGAAGUUCGUCAAAAAAUACUGCGACUUGUGUUUAAGAAAGAUCGAUGUAUCAACCCAGUUGUUACAGCUUCCACGGAUUGUUCAGUCUUAGGAGUAUGGGGAGAUAUGGACAUCCAAGAAGAAGAACAUCGUAAGGAGAUCUACAAGCAAGAUGCCUGCCUCUCUGGACAAGCACUACGGAUUUGUCAAAGACUUUACGGGGAGGGCGGCAACGUAUUGUACUGCGAGAACUCGUUGUCUAUCGUGGUUCGUUUGAGGGAGGGUCAUCGGUGCUCAGCCCCCCAAGUCAUGACACUCAACGUCUUCGACAUACAAAUUAGCCUACCCGAUCUUGCUAAUAACUACGUAUCAAAUCUGCUCUCGUAUGCGAAGCAGAGGAUCUACACAUCAGCUACGAGCAACAACGAAUUCGGAAACUUCAAGCGGAUACCAGAGAUAUAUCCUGUACUCGAAAGAUUUCGACGAUUCACAGUGUUCGUCGAUCAUUCUGAUUACGAUGAUUUCUUUAUUGCUUGUCGGAUGUUACACAACCUGCUUCAUGGGAAACAUGUCACUAUGGAAGUCUUCCAUGUUGGCAACAAUGAGAUUCUGCAUCCAGAUCACUGCAAAAUCCUACGCUGUGCGUCAUUCGCUCUGAGAAUUCGCGACCCAUUCGAGUCGUAUUAUGCAUCGGAACAGCUCAUUCGUGUAAUCACUAGCCAGACAGCGGCGCAAGAUAUGUUUCCUGCCUGGGUCGACUUGAGAGACCGGACCGAGCGGAUGAUUUAUGAGGAACACGGGCUCGGCCUUGACAUCUACGAUGAGAUGGUGCGUAAAUCAAAGGACGCUGCGCAAGAGUAUAACCGGGACGAGUUCGAGCACCAUAAGGAAGAGCUUCUAAAUUGGGUUACAACAUGGGUCGAAGAACAGCACCGUGCAAAGGUGGCUGAUGCACGGGCCGAAAAGGAGUCGAGGGACAAGUUGGUUGAUCAGCUUCGCCUGCAGGACAAGGAGUCAGAGGCAUACAAUGAAUUACACUGA